CGGUCCGUUUUCCGUUAGGAUAAACAAGGAGGCGCUGCCUCUUUUUCUAACCCCCCCCCCAGCCGCCGCCAAGUGGUUUCUCCCGAUUCCUGCGGGCGGGCCGAUUCCAGGAAGCCGGGGCGGGGGUGAGGCGCCUCCAGGGAGCGACCGGGAGGAGGUGUAGCCACCCCUCCGGAGGCGAGCGUGGCACGGCCCACAGCGGCGGCCGGAGCCGAUAGGGCGAGACCAAGGGGGCGCCGCGGGGGGGAGGCGAGCGGAAAAGCCGGGGACAGCAGCGACGGGAGAAGCGCUAAGAUGGCGUCGGCCGGGCCCGAGUCCGGGGGAAGCAGCAGCAGCAGCAGCGGAGCCGCCACGGGGGCGCCCUCGUCAGCGACCUUCAAAAAGUCCUGGGAGGUGCCAGGCUCCUCCGGGCACGGCUCCACAGUCAAGAAGGGCCACCGGAGCGUGGAUUCCAGCGGAGAAACCACCUACAAGAAGACAACUUCCUCGGCUCUCAAAGGCGCCAUCCAGCUGGGCAUCACCCACACGGUGGGCAGCCUCAGCACCAAGCCGGAGCGGGACGUCCUGAUGCAGGAUUUCUACGUGGUGGAGAGCAUCUUCUUCCCCGGCGAAGGCAGCAACCUGACCCCGGCCCACCACUACAACGACUUCCGCUUCAAGACCUACGCCCCCGUGGCCUUCCGCUACUUCCGGGAGCUCUUCGGCAUCCGGCCGGACGACUACUUGUGCUCCCUCUGCAGCGAGCCCCUCAUUGAGCUCUCCAACUCCGGCGCCAGCGGCUCCAUCUUCUACGUCUCCAGCGAUGACGAAUUCAUCAUCAAGACCGUCCAGCACAAGGAGGCCGAGUUCCUGCAGAAGCUGCUGCCGGGAUACUACAUGAACCUGAACCAGAACCCCCGGACGCUGCUGCCCAAGUUCUACGGCCUCUACUGCGUCCAGGCGGGGGGCAAGAACAUCCGCAUGGUGGUGAUGAACAACCUGCUCCCUCGCUCGGUGCGGAUGCACCAGAAGUUCGACCUGAAGGGCUCCACCUACAAGCGCCGGGCGUCGCCGAAGGAGCGCGAGAAGGUCUUCCCCACCUACAAGGACCUGGACUUCCUGCAGGAGGCCCCCGAGGGGCUCUUCCUGGACGCCGACAUGCACAGCGCCCUGUGCAAGACCCUGCAGCGGGACUGCCUGGUCCUGCAGAGCUUCAAGAUCAUGGACUACAGUUUGCUGGUGGCCGUUCACAACCUGGACCUGGCCCAGCGGGAACGGGCGGUAGCCGACGGGGCCUCCCUGGCAGACACACGCCGGCCGGCCGGCCAGAGGGCCCUCUACUCCACCGCCAUGGAGGCCAUCCAGGGGGAGGCCCGGCGGGGGGGCACCAUCGAGACGGACGACCAGAUGGGAGGCAUCCCGGCCCGAAACGCCAAGGGGGAGAGGCUGCUCCUCUACGUGGGGAUCAUCGACGUGCUCCAGUCCUACAGGUUCAUGAAGAAGCUGGAGCACUCGUGGAAAGCCCUGGUUCACGACGGGGACACGGUCUCGGUUCACCGGCCGAGCUUUUACGCCGAGAGGUUCCAGCGCUUCAUGUGCCAGGCAGUCUUUAAGAAGAUCCCUCUAAAAUCCUCCCCUUCGAAAAAGAGCCGCUCCGGGAUGGGACCUCCUCGUCGGCCGGGCCAGAGCGGGACCCCCGCCCAGGCGCUGAGCGAGACGAAAGUCCAGGUCACAAUGGAGGCGGACAUGGACACAGGGUCCCAGCUGGGGCGCCCUGACCUGCUUCCCCAGACGCCCCCCGUUGAAGAGGCCAACAGCGACUCGGCAGCGACCACCUUGUCCACCUCUUCGCUGGGCAGCCCCGGGCACAGCUCGCCAGCCAACCGCUCAAUGGGGGCAGAGGCGCCCCCACCAGACACCCCCAAGGACCCGGCUGUCUUCCUUCUGGAAAGUGCUUCCCCCAGCCCUUCGGUCACAGGGCAGCCUUCUGAGCUGGUGCAGCAACUGGGAGAUUUGGCCGAAACAGAAAUCAAUUGUGCGCUAGAACUACCCCUCCCGGGAUGCCCCGCGCCCCGACCUGCUAAGAAGAGCGACGCUGAUUGGUGGCGCGGGAGCGGCCGGUCGGCCGGAGGGACAGAGGCAGGAAGCGGAGUCGGGGGGGGCGCCUGUGGGGCGAGCAAAGGGGCCGCGAUGGUGCUGGAGAGCACGAUGGUCUGCGUGGACAACAGCGAGUACAUGCGGAACGGGGACUUCCUGCCCACCCGCCUCCAGGCGCAGCAGGACGCCGUCAACAUCGUCUGCCACUCCAAGACCCGCUCCAACCCCGAGAACAACGUGGGGCUCAUCACGCUGGCCAACAACUGCGAAGUGCUGACCACCCUGACGCCGGACACUGGCCGCAUCCUGUCCAAGCUGCAUUCGGUGCAACCCAGAGGAAGGAUCACCUUCUGUACCGGCAUCCGAGUGGCUCACCUGGCUCUGAAGCACCGCCAGGGGAAGAACCACAAAAUGCGCAUCAUUGCCUUCGUUGGGAGCCCCGUGGAAGACAACGAGAAGGACCUGGUGAAACUGGCCAAGCGGCUGAAGAAGGAGAAAGUGAACGUGGAUAUCAUCAACUUUGGAGAAGAGGAGGCCAACACGGACAAGCUGACCGCUUUCAUCAACACCCUGAAUGGCAAAGACGGCACCGGUUCCCACCUGGUGACGGUGCCUCCCGGGCCCAGCUUGGCCGAUGCCCUCAUCAGCUCCCCCAUCUUGGCUGGAGAGGGGGGAGCCAUGCUGGGCCUGGGGGCAAGCGACUUUGAGUUUGGCGUGGAUCCCAGCGCUGACCCAGAGCUGGCACUGGCUCUGCGAGUGUCCAUGGAAGAGCAGCGUCAGCGUCAGGAGGAAGAGGCCCGCAGGGCAGCUGCUGCCUCUGCCGCCGAGGCCGGCAUUCCUACCUCGGGCGGGGAUGAUUCAGACGACGCUCUGCUCAAAAUGACCAUCGGGCAGCAGGACUUUGGCCGAGCCGGCCUGCCUGACCUCAGCACCAUGACUGAGGAGGAGCAGAUCGCCUACGCUAUGCAGAUGUCUCUUCAGGGAGCUGAAUUUGGGCAAGGCGAGUCGGUGGAGGGGGAGAGUUCAGCUGAUAUGGACACGUCAGAACCCGCCAAGGAAGAAGACGACUACGAUGUCAUGCAGGAUCCUGAAUUCCUCCAGAGCGUUUUGGAAAACCUGCCGGGGGUGGAUCCCAACAACGAGGCCAUCCGCAACGCUAUGGGGUCCCUGGCCUCCCAGGCCUCCAAGGAGAGCAAGGAGAAAAAGGAGGAAGACAAGAAAUGAGGGGGCGGGGGCGGCUGAGCCCCUCCUUGUCCUUCUGUCCACACACCUCCCAGGUUGUGUGGCCUGGUAGCGUUCGUUUUCCAUAACCUUUCUGGGCUUGUCUGUCUGCGGGGGGGGGGGGG